AUGGGAAGGAAGUUUUGGUUCGGUGGUGGUUUGCUUGUUUGGUAUGGACUCGACCGUCCCCUUAAAUCCCUCCCUAACUCUUCGGACCCGCGCCCCGCCCCCCAUCUCCAUUCAAACUUCAAACCGCGCCCCCUUCCCUUCUCCUUCUCCAGCACCACCGUGCCGCGAAAACGACAUCGCAGCACGACGACAAAACCAGAAGCGGCAGCGUCUACUUCUUCUUCAAUUAAGCAAAAGAAGACGGCGGCGACGCCGAAACGUAUUUGGUUGAGAGAAGUAGAGAAGGAAGAGGAAGAGGAGGUGUUUGUUUUGGAAGGAGAUGAGGAUGACACGAACUCAGUGGAUGAAGUCGGAGAUAGGAUGGGGACUGGUAAUGCUGAUUCUAGACCUGACACGAAGGAGAAGCGUGGAUCUGGUAAAGCUGAGAAGAAGAUAUCGACGCCUAUGAAGGUUAAGGAGGAUGAAACGCUGGCGAGGUUUGUCGGAGCUCAGAUUCCUGGUGCUGAAGCCAGAAAGAAGUGGCCUCAUCGAUAUGCUAAUAAGGUAACUUUCUCUAGAUGUCACUACACACGGGCAGAUGUUGAUAGGAUCAUCUAUGAUCUCUAUUAUGAUGCUUAUGUCCAAGCUUCUGACGGAGAACCAGACUAUUUAUGCAGGAUAAGUGAGAUGUUUGAGUCUGUAGACAGGACCCUAUAUUUUACUACUCAAUGGUACUAUCGAUCCCCUGACACGAUCAUUAAAAAUAAGUACAUUUCGGAUCCAAAGUGUGUUUUCUUUUCUGAGAUUCGAAAUGCCAAUCCCUUGGAGUGUCUUACAUGGAAGCUGAACAUUGUUAGAUUGGCACUCGAUGUGGAUCCGGAGAAUAAACGAGCAAGGUCCUCUGGUUGUGAUUUCUAUUGUGUCAUGCUUUAUUUUCUUCUAUAUUCUACCUUUGUCAAGUUACCAACAGAAAACAAUACAACUGGACCCGAGAGUUCAACGAUAUCCAAUGAUAUUCAUGAUGCUGGGGUGAAGUCUGAGAGUGACGAAGUUUGUGGAACCAGUGGCAGUAGUAAAUCAGAGGUUGCUUUACUGGACUUGUAUUCUGGCUGUGGAGCAAUGUCAACUGGUCUUUGCCUUGGUUUAACUCUGGUCACCGUCAAAAUAUGGGCUGUUGACUUGAAUAUGAACGCUUGUCAAAGUUUGAGGUUGAAUCAUCCGGAGACACAGGUUGUCCAUUUUGUAUUUAAUUUUUACUCGUUCUUUUGUCACGUCAUCCUAUUCAAUACGUUGAACUUUAACCGGGUCGCCUUUGUGGAUCAGGUGAGAAAUGAAGCUGCUGAAGACUUCUUUGUGUUACUGAAAGAGUGGGAAAAACUCUGCAUAAGGUUUUCUCUCGUGAAAAAUGAUGACCCAGAAAAGAAACAAACAUACUGUUUUGAUAUGGAUGAUGAAGAUGACAGUGAUGAUAAUGAUAAUGACGACGAAAAAGGUGUUUCUGAAGUGUUUGAAGUGGAGAAAAUAUUGGACAUCUGCUACGGACCCCAAGAAGAAUUAUUGACCUGA